AUGUUCGUCAAGCACGCAUGGUUGACAUUCUACUACGGCCUGUCACAGACCCGUGCCCAGAGAUACUUCAUCCACGUAAUGCAGUUCCUUGCGGUGGCCUUUGGCACCAGUUCAGUUGCGGUUAUAUUAUUGCAAUGCACGCCCUUGAGCUACGUCUGGCAUCAGGGCUUGGAAUCAACGAGCGGACCUGUGAAAGGGAAGUGCAUCAACUUGAUAGCCUUCUUCUAUUUCAAUGCAAGUUUCAUGAUUGCGAAUGAUGUGGUCAUGUACCUGAUACCGAUGGUACUGCUUUGGAAGGUUGAAACGCUUCGUGAACACCGGUGGAGCCUCUAUACAUUGUUCGCGAUUUGUUUCGUCGUCAUCCUAGCGAGCGUCUUUCGACUUGUCGCCGUCUACGAAAUUGAUACGUCACCCAACCUUUCAGAAAAUUACGCCUUGGUCUUCCUUUGGGCCGGCGUGGAGAACCACAUCGGCAUCUGCGCCGCCUGCGCCGGCGCGCUCAAAGCAAGGCUGAGCCUGACGUACCGAAAAGUCAAGAAGCUCUCACUCGAUCUGCGCAACAAGUCGUGGCUUGCUUCGAUAUCAACAUCGGCGUCAGAAUCCAGGCCUGGGUCGACAUCCGCAGACACACGAACGGAGGUCACUCGCACCCAGAGCACAGAGGACCGAACCCUGUACGAGCGCACGGCCAGCCUACCUUCCUUGAACGACGUGCCAAUCAGCGACGACAAAGGGUCCAAAGGCACGCGCAUAGAACUCGUCGAGGUGCAGCAGCCCACGCCCAAGUCGAUCCACACCUCGCUCAGGCACUCACGCGCGACGUCGCGAGAAAGCUAG